AUGAGUAUUCACCCAGAUUUUCAGCUUCCUGAGACUUUCAGAGCCGGGAUCCGUUGUCGAACUUCCUACGCCUUGCCAUCUGCCGGCUCAGUCAUUUUACGGCCAUUGAACUCACACAUUGUGUCAUAUGCCAAAGAGGUUUUCAGUAAUGGGAACGUCCGGGGUUACAAAUAUCCCCUUCCCUUGAUUCCCGGUACCAACGGAAUUUGUCGCAUUGCUGCACCAGCGACAGAUACACCUCAUCUUCAAGUCGGAAUGUUGGUCUAUACAUCCGGCAUCAUUCGACCACUCAAAGUCCCAGCUGAGAACAUCCAUGUGCUGAAUGAAUAUAUCUUGACGAAGGAGUUGGGCUACAGUUUUGAAGAUCUCGGAUAUAUCAGCACUCUCGCAGUCCCUUUUAGUGGACUCAGUGAUAUUAGCCUUCGACCCGGAGAAACGGUGAUAGUGGCGCCCGCGACUAGGAAUUUUGGUAGCGCGGCUGUGCUUGUUGCACUGGCGAUGGGUGCAGGCAAGGUAAUCGCUGUGGGCCGUAACGAAGCCAAGCUAAAACAGAUUUGUCACGACACAAACAAUAGCAAAGUCGUGCCGGUCACUAUAUCGGAAGAUCUAGGCGCCGAUACUGCAGCUCUCCAGGCGCAUGGACCAGUUGACGUGUAUUUCGACAUCUCACCAAAUUCAGCGGCCAAAGCAUUGUAUAUCAAAGCUGGUAUUUCUGCCUUGCGUCGAGGUGGUCGCGUCAGCUUCAUGGGUGGCAUAAUGAACGAUAUCGACCUUCCGUAUCACAUGAUGAUGUUCAAAGCAUUAACUCUGAAAGGAACUUUUAUGUAUACGCCGCAGCAAGUAUAUGAGCUUAUUCGAUUGAUUGAGACAGGACUGCUUCCUAUAGGGGAAAAGGAAUCGCAUUUAAAGUAA